CACCGCCUCAACUUCACUUCAAAGCUUCCCCAAACCCACCAGAAUCCAAAAUCCAAAACCAAAACCAAAAAUGCCCACCCCCACAGUGACAUACACCUCCCUCUCAACAACAACAAAAACCUACUUCCACAGCAUCGACACCCACGACCUUUCCACCACCAUCUCCCUCUUCUCCCCAACCGCCACAUUCACCAUCACCACCUCCCGCACCACCUUCACCAGACAGAGCGAAAUCCACUCCAUGCUAUCAGAUUUCAUCUCGCGCAGCAAAACAAUGGAACAUCGUGUUCUGAACAUGGUUGUGGACGAGCGCGAAAGGAAAGUCGCUACCCAGCAACGGUAUACAGGAGAGAUGAAGGACGGGGACAUUUUGGAUAUGAUCAAUUGUAAUUUUUUUGAGUUUGAUGAGGAGGGGAGGAUUGUGGAGGUCAGGGUUUGGAUGGAUGGGGUGGGGCCUUUGAGAUGAGUAUUUAGUGUUGGUUUGGUGGGUUGGUAGGUAGAUGAGAGGUUUAUGGUGGUGAAGGGGAGGGAUUAUGGGAUGGUAUUUGGCUAGCUAGCUAGCUAAGUAUUGUACAAUGCUUAAAGGGAUUGAUUUGGUUCAAUGCUGGGCGUCUGGGUUGAUCAUAGCUAGCAUCUGCGCUGCUCCGUCUUCCGUGUACAUCAUGUCUUCCAUGUUGAUCGA